AUGGCAAUCAAUAUCCUCGGGAAAUAUAUUAGAGCCAAGUACCUUGUGUCAGAAGGGCUUUUCAAGACAUUCUACGGGAUCGGUCCUCAAGAGGCCUCGAAAAUAUGUGCCAGAGUCGGUCUUUUCCCAAAGAUGAGAAUGCACCAGUUGAGCGAACAACAGAUCAUGUCUAUCACCAAGGAGUUGGCGGGGUUGACGAUUGAAAAUGAAGCUAGAAAUGUCGUGAGAGAAAAUAUUGCUUUCAAGAGAAAGAUUGGGUCUUACAGUGGGAUUAGACACUUGUUGGGUUUCCCAGUGCAUGGGCAGAACACUAGAAAUAACGGGAGAACCGCCAAAAAGUUGAAUAAGUUGAACAGAAGUGGUUGA